AUGGCGCACCCCUCGAGCCCGCGGCCGCUGCCGCCGGCGGUCCUGCUCCUGCUGCUGCCGCCGCUGCUGCAGGCAGGGGACCCCCUCCCUACAGAGGGCCGGUUUAUGAAUAGCUGUAUCCAAGCCAGGAAGAAAUGCCAGGCCAACCCCACGUGCAGUGCCGCCUACCACCACCAUCUGUAUUCCUGCAUCUAUAGUAUAAGUACCCCAUCACCUUCAGAGGAGCCAUCAGUCCCAGCAGAGUGCCUGGAGGCAGCACAGCAGCUCAGGAACAGCUCUCUGAUGGGCUGCUCAUGCCACCGGCGCAUGAAGAACCAAGCUACCUGCCUGGACAUCUAUUGGACUGUUCACCGUGCCCGCAGCCUUGGUGACUACGAGCUGGAUGUCUCCCCCUAUGAAGACACAGUAACCAGCAAACCCUGGAAAAUGGAUCUCAGCAAACUGAACAUGCUCAAACCAGGCUCAGACCUCUGUCUCAAGUUUGCCAUGCUGUGCACUCUGAAUGACAAGUGUGACCGGCUGCGCAAGGCCUACGGGGAGGCAUGCUCAGGGCCAGGAUGCCAGCGCCAUAUCUGCCUUGAGCAGCUGCGCGCCUUCUUCGAGAAGGCAGCGGAACACCGCGCGCAGGGCCUGCUGCUGUGCCCAUGUGCACCCAGAGACCGGGGCUGUGGGGAACGCCGGCGCAACACCAUUGCCCCCAGCUGUGCACUGCCGUCUGCUGUCCCCAACUGCCUGGAGCUGCGCCGCACCUGCCUCUCCGACCCGCUCUGCAGAUCACGGUUGGCAGAUUUUCAGACUCACUGCCAUCCCAUGGACGUCCUAAGGACCUGUGCAACAGAGCAAUCCAGAUGUCUGCGAGCAUACAUGGGGCUGAUUGGGACUGCCAUGACUCCCAACUUUGUUAGCAACAUCAACAUCAGUGUCGCCUUAAGCUGUACCUGCCGAGGCAGUGGCAACCUGCAGGAGGAGUGUGAGCGCCUGGAAGCGUCCUUCUCACGUAAUCCCUGCCUCAUGGAGGCCAUUGCAGCUAAGAUGCAUUUUCACAGCCAACUCUUCUUCCAGGACUGGACAGACUCUACCUUUUCUGUGAUGGAACGCCAGAAUAAAAAUCCUGCUCUGAGACCACAGCCCUGCGUGACCUCUCUUUUCUCCUGCAUACUUAUCUUGACUCUGCUCCUGAGAUUCUGGUAGCUGAACUUCCCCGGGGGCCCUCUUCCCCACUGCCAUACCCAACCUAACCUGCAGCCUACAAGAGGUGAUGAAACAACAGCCUCAAGAAGGAAGUGCAGUGCAUUGUGUGGCAACCCUGACCCCACUCCACCCAUCCAGUUGAUUCCUAAAAGCUAGGGGUUAUUGACCUCCAGAUCCUCAUUGGCUGGGUUCUCAAUCCUUCCACCCCUACCUCCACUUCUGACUCAGGCAGCCCUUCCUUAGGACUUGGUGACACCACCAUUUAGCUAUAUCUUCUGGUAGUGACCAGUUCUGCCAAGCUCUCUCCUGAUCCCUUCCUCCUGCCCACCAGGAUCACCUAAAGAGGAAACACCUCGCCAUCUAACAA